AUGGUUCUCCGAACCGCUGUUCUAACUAGGGAUGCGCCUGCUCCCAGCCUCCAUCUUUCUCAAGCAAUCAUCCACAAUGGAACAGUCUACUGCUCAGGCUCGUUCGGCAUGGACCCACAGACUCGUCAACUAGCCGAUGGGCCUUAUCAUCAAACUGCUGGAGCUCUCCAAAACCUUGAUGCCGUUCUCAACAAAGCGGGAACAUCCCUUCACAAUGCUUUGAAAGUUACGAUUUUUAUAUUAGAUAUGGACCACUAUGCCGAGGUCAACAAAGCGUACCUUGAGUUCUUUAGUUCAGAUCCUAAACCAAGUCGAACAUGCGUGGCUGUUGCUCAGCUCCCACUGAAGGGUGCUCAUGUGGAGAUGGAAGCUAUUGCAGCUAUUCCGGAGAAGUCUAGCAAGCUAUAA